AUGAGCAAUCAGAAGGUGAUUUACUUAAACUCAAGAGUUUUUGAGUCUUCCUCGGAGUCACAGAAUCCAAUCAGGCCUGAAGAGACUCAAGGUCCCAGAGAGGUUGGACACAAAAUGGCUCUUGGGAUCCUCUGCUUACUUCUGAUGAUGGCAAUCUCAGUGUGGCUGAUAUACAUUUUUCAGUAUAAAAAAGAAAAAUAUGAACUGCAAAAAUCUCUAAACAACCUCACUCAAAAUUAUCACAUCCUGAAAAAUGACAACUACUUAAAGGAAGAAAUACUGAGAAAUAAAUCUAGAGAGUAUGAUGAUCUCAAACAUCAGAAGGAACCAGACUCCCUCAACAGAAAACAGAACAGACACUGUGGGAAAACUAAGAUCAUUUUAGAUUGCGUACAGUACACAGGGAAACCUGUUGAAGGACGUUUGUUCUGCCGUGGCAUAAAAUGUUAUUACUUCAUCAUGGACAAUAAAUGCUGGAGUGGAAGUGAACAGACCUGCCAGGACUGCAGCUUAUCCCUUUUGAAGAUAGAUAAUGAUGAUGAACUGAAGUUCUUACAGUCCCAGCUUACUACAAACAGAUACUGGAUUGGAUUAAAAUAUAAUGGAAGCAAAGGGGAAUGGCAAUGGACUGGCGAUGGCCCAUCUAAACUUUUUGCUGAUCUGUACCGAUUACUGCCUACUGCAAAAGAAGCUUCUCUGACCAAGGUCGAGAACAGCCCAGGUCUUGGCCAUAAACACAUGUACUGA